UUCAACACAAAAAUUUCCUCUCUUUUUUUUUUUUUCUCUCUCCUUUACAACUUCUCUUAAUUCUUCACGGAUUUCAUCUGUUAAUUAUAGUACUUCUUCAAAUUUCUCAACUUUUUUUGUUGGGUAACAAAAAAAAAACAGAAUUUCUUUGCUGUUGACUGUUUGACGACUUGGGUAUCUUUGUGUUACUUCUUAGUGUUGCUCUCUUGUGUUCCUCCAGUUUGGUUGCAGAAGAGUUUUUUGAGAUUUACAAGGGCUAAUGUUGUAGAUGUGUCAGUUUUGCUCCGAGUCAAAUGAGCAAAUGGAACCUAAUGAUAAUAAGCUAACGGGGCCUGAUGCGGAAGAGCAAGUAGGAUCCUCUACAUCGCCUGCUGAGAAUCCUGAACAAGUAAAUGAGCAGAAGGAUGCUUUAAGUCCGGUUGAAGCCGCCUUCCCCAGUCUAACUGUAUCACUGACGAGGAGCAGUGAAAGUUUUGCUUCGAAUAGCAGUGAGCUUUCUGUAGAAGUCAACCCAUAUGAUGAUGGGCAUAGUAGAGAAGAUCCCCGAUACAGGUUGUAUAAUGAGCCUAUAAAUGAUUCAAACAAGCAGGGCAAGAAUGAAUCUAUACUAAGAAACCUUGAGUCGGACAGUCAAUUUGCAAAGAAAGAGGAGAGUACAAGUAGUGACGAGUCUUCUGAUGAAACAGAUGACCCAUCUCCUACCUUAUAUGAACAAGAUAAGAUUUGGGAUCCACCAGAAGCUGAGGAGAAUAGCAUGACCACUUUGGAUGAUUAUGAAUACGAUGAGUCUGCUGAUGCCGAUAGCUCAGAGUGGGCAAUGCCGAGAUUGAAGGAAAAAGAUAUGGCCAGGGAAAAUGUGAGGAUUGGAAAGUUCAAGGACUUAGUGAGCCAGCUACUUAGCAAACUUGGUUUAGAAAAUUGUGAUGAAACGAAAGAAAAAUGGGCAGAUAUCGUUACUGAUUUGGCAUGGCAAGCUGCUAAAUUUGUAGAGCCUGGUGUCAUCGAGGGUAAAGCCAUGGAUCCGUCGGGCUAUGUGAAGAUCAAAUGCAUUGCUUCUGGAUCUCGCGGAGAAAGUCGACUAAUUAAAGGCUUGGUCUUCAAGAAGCAUGCGGCUCACAAACACAUGAUUACCAAGUACACGAAUGCUAGACUGUUAUUAAUACAAGGGAUGCUGGGUUCAUCAUCUGGCUCAUCUGGGCUGUCAUCAUUUAAUUCUAUGAUCUCUGAGGAUAAAGUCAAUUGGGAUGACCUAAUGCAGAAUUUGCAAGCAUGUCAGCCAAAUGUUAUAUUGGUGGAGAAAUCUGCAUCUCGUGCUGUCAUGGAAAAAAUUCUUCAAAUGGGAGUCACCCUGGUCCUUGAUAUGAAGCUUAAUCGCUUGGAAAGGGUUGCUCGUUGCACGGGUUCACCCAUAUUGUCCUGUGACGUCACAUUUAGCCAGGAGCUCAGACAUUGCGAGUCGCUCUAUUUUGAGAAGUUUGUGGAGGAGCAUACUGUUGUUCCCGAAGGCGGAAAAAAGCCAUCUAAGACUUUGAUGUUUCUAGAGGGAUGUCCAACACGUCUUGGCUGUACCAUUCUGCUGAAGGGUUCACAUGCUGAUGAAUUGAAGAAGAUCAAGUGUGUCGUACAAUGUGCUGUCAUAAUGGCUUAUCAUUUCUUCCUGGAAACUUCCUUUCUUGUGGAUCAGAAAGCUAUGUUCUCCACUAUCACCUUUGGGAAAGCAGCUGACAUCUCAUGUACAAAUGAAGAAUCUCAGAGUGACGAUCCUGGAAAUUCCUUUGCUACUGGAAAAUCUAGUAUCCCGCUCAAUGAGGAGCCUAAUGUAGGCGAUUCUUCAGCUGAUGGAGUACAUACCCUCAUCUCCAAUGGAGGUGAUAAUCUGAUUUCCAAUGGGUUUCAAGAAGAAGAUUCUUAUUAUGUCUCAGAGUUUACUGCCAAAGAUGCUGAGAUUGCUUCUCCCAAUCGAUUUGAAGACAAAGUUUCCCCCACUAUGCAGUUGGUAGACGAUGGUCCAUCUACAGUUUGUUGUGAGCCUAAUAUGACAACUCUUUCUACUGCGUCAAGAUCAUUGUCUCAUGGACUGGAUCAAGUUUCAGUUAUCGUCCCAUCCACUAAUGAACACGUGUCCACAUACCAUGACAUGAAUGGAGGGGAAUCUGAAGCUCAGACUGCAGUCUCUAUUCCUCUUUUACCCACUGAAGAGCAUGCUGAGGAUUUAGAAAUAGAGGCAACGAACCAAGGCAAAGAAGACAAGUUCCUUUAUAACGAGUCUCAGCUCGUUUCCGCAUCCUCUGUAGCUGAUGGGGAAGUGAAAGGACUUGCAGAUGAUGGUGAGGAGAUCAUCAGAGCAAAGGACGAAAUCAGCAGUGUCUUGGAUUCUGAGAGCAUCUUGGUUUUUAUGUCUAGCCGAAAUGCUUUGAAAGGGACUAUUUGUGAGCAAAGCCAUUUUACUCAUAUCAAAUUUUACAGGAAUUUUGAUGUUCCUCUUGGGAAGUUCUUACGGGACAAUCUAUUCAAUCAGGCUCUUAAAUGUGAGGCAUGUGAACAACCUCCUGAAGCGCACUUUUACUAUUAUGCUCAUCACAGCAAGCAGCUCACUAUACGAGUCAAACGAUUGGGAAAUAAAAAGCCUUUGCCUGGAGAAGGGAAACUUUGGAUGUGGAGUCGUUGCAGUAAAUGUGAGCCUAAUGAGGAGAAGGCAACCAAAAGAGUAUUACUAUCAACUGCUGCUGAUGCCUUGUCAUUUGGCAAGUUUUUGGAGCUUAGCUUUUCAAGUUAUUCUUCAUUUAAUAGGCUCGCAAGUUGUGGGCAUUCCUUUCAGAAGGAUUUCCUCUACUUUUUUGGAUUGGGAUCUAUGGUUGCUAUGUUUCAGUACUCUCGUGUUGCGAUAUAUGGCGUUUCUGUGCCAUCCCAGAAAUUGAAAUUCAAUAGUUCAAUUGACAGAGACUGGCUGCAGCCUGAAGUUAGGACUGUCUACACUACAGGACUAGUGCUUUUUAACGAACUUGAGAAAUACUUGAAGAAAAUAGAAUCUCGGUUCUCUGGCUGGAAUCUGGUUCUUAAUGGGUUUUCAAAAGGAUUUGCUGACAUUGUAGACAUGUUAAAGUUAGAAAGAUCUGAAUUUGAAGAGAAUUUCAAGAAUAAGAAUGAGGAUUCUCAAGACACUAUCUAUAAGCUUCUAAGCUUGAAUCGGCUAAGAUGGGAAAUUUUGCUUGAAGCAUGUGUUUGGGACCGUCGGUUGCAGUCACUACUUUCUUCUUCCUCCACCUUGCCCCAGUCUGUUGCGACUGGCGUUCACGGAGUGGCUCAGGGGCAAAAGAAGGACGAUGGCACUCCCGGAGAAGAAGCUGAAGGGUUAAAGACAGCUCCAGAAAGAGUGGAAAAACAAAUACUGUUGGAAGAAGAGAUAUCUGGAAGAGAGAGUGAAGUGGCACAAAAUAUAGCUGAUAAAGCAUUGCAAGAGCAAGUGGAUUCAGGAAAAGAGCAUAGUGAUGGGGCAGUAGCAGAUACUACUAAGAUAGUGGAAAGACUCACUGGGUCAUUGAACAAUGAGGGUGUUGAAAUCCAAAGAGCUGAAGAUAAUUGUCACGAUGUAAUAAUUGAGGGUAAAGAAGUUAUUUUACAGGGUGAUGACAGAACUUCUGAGAACUGUAAUGAUGUAGAGAUCCAAAUUGAGAUGCUUGCAGAAGCAGAAAAUCUUUCAGUUAAGGAAUCUCCAAAGGAAGGAAUCCUUUUAGGAAACGGAGAGCAAGAUUUGAUAAGUUUGCCCAUUGUUGAGGAGAAUACUCAGAGGCUACUCUCAUUUGAUUCAGUCUCUAGUGUUUCAUUGUCUCAAGAGUCAAAUGAUAGAGCAAAUAAUCCUUCUCAUCUUCAUAUUAAUGGUGAGAGUACUCAAGAGGACAAUGUUUCACUGUCUGACAAUCUGUCGGAAGAUAGAAGCGUAUCCAUUAAUGCAGAUGAGGAAAAUAGUAGUUGCUCUGCUGAUGCAGAAGUAUCUGAAAGACUUGCUUCUGCUUUGUUGAAAGUAGACUCCCCUUGGUGGCAUCCAUUUAGACAAACUCGAGAGGAGUGCAUGGAGGAACUCCUCAAAGGUCGUCCAUCUAGAUUCGGUCACUUGCCGAAAUUUGAACUACUACACUCUACUGACUUCUUGCCUACGGUAUCUCAAGUGAUAAUUGAAGAGGGUUCAAGGAUUCACAUGCCUCUCAGCGAUGGUGACUUCAUUGUAUCUGAUUUUGAUGGUGAAAUCUCAAGCUCCAUUGCUUGUGCAUUGGCAUUAAUGGAAAUUUCAAUCCGUCCAGCAUCAGAUGAAAAUACUUUCCUAAAACGCGCUGCCUCUGAGCCUUGGCCUUUGAACAGUAUUCAUGAUUCUGAUUUUAUUCAUUCUUCAUCAAGCAUGUCUUUCACAGAAUCGCAUCUCUCCAGCUUUACUGGCUUAAAUCGCGUGGAUUCUCUGGUUUCUUAUGGGAGGGUCUACAAUGAAGUUACUCUAGGCAUUGAAAAGUAUCCUAUGAAAGGCAAGUAUUCAGUAGUUAUCAUACAUCCCAAUGAAUUCCGGAGUCUUCGGGAUCGAUGCUGCCCGUCAGAACUUGAUUAUAUCUCUUCUCUUAGUCGCUGUAAAAUUUGGGAUGCCAAAGGUGGCAAGAGCAAGUCUGUCUUUGCUAGAUCACUUGAUGGAAGGCUUAUUGUGAAGGAAAUUAAGAAGACCGAAUUUGAUUCAUUCAUGAAGUUUGCUUCUGCCUAUUUCCAGCACAUGAAGGAAUCUGUUAACUCUGGAAAUCAAACUUGCCUUGCAAAAAUUCUUGGAAUUUAUCAGGUAACUAUUCGAAAUCCCAAGAGUGGCAAAGAGACAAAACAUGAUCUCAUGGUUCAGGAGAAUCUUUCUUUCGGCAGGAACAUAACUCGCCAGUACGAUUUGAAGGGUGCAUUGCAUGCUCGUUUCACUGCGUCUGCUGAUGGUGAUGGGGAAGUUUUAUUGGACCAGAACUUUGUAAAUGACAUGAAUUCAUCUCCUUUAUAUGUUGGCCAGAAAGCUAAGAGACUCCUGCAACGGGCUGUGUGGAAUGACACAACGUUUCUUAAUAAUAUCGGAGUCAUGGAUUAUUCUCUACUGGUGGGGGUUGAUAGAAAACGGCAUGAAUUGGUGUGUGGGAUUAUAGAUUAUCUAAGACAAUACACCUGGGACAAGCAAUUUGAGACUUGGGUAAAAUCAUCCCUUGUUGUUCCCAAGAAUGUUUCACCAACAAUAAUCUCACCCCAUGAGUAUAAGAAAAGGUUCAGAAAGUUCAUGGAUACGCACUUCUUGACCGUCCCAGAUCACUGGUGUUCUCAUAGAUCUUUCAACCCUUGUAAACUGUGCGGCGUCAAAGUUCAUGAUUCUUCGGUCCUCAAGUCCGAGAAGCGCGAGGAAGAGCCUAAUGAUGUUCAAUCCCAUGAUUAGCUCAUUCUCAUUCAUUCUUCUCAAUUAUGUAUUGUUCUUUCUUUUUCUUUGUUACUUUUUGACAGUAAAAAAAAUCAAUACUGUACAUAGAUUGUUACUGCUGCUGCACAUAACACCCGGUUAAGAUGCGAUUAUUUAGCAGAAAUUGGGUAAAUGUUAUGAUAUAGGUUAGGCCAACUGUGUGCAGAUUGAGCUAUAUACGUGAAAAUAUUUUUUUGUAAAUUUUUGUAGUGAGCUACGCUACUGAUGACAACCAAAGCAUGUAUAGCUUUGAUAAUGUUAAAGCUGAUAAUUCUCUGUACGAGUAUUAGUAGUUCUUUUUGUUUCUUCCAUAAACAAUGUAAUGAUGAAUAUGGUACUUUUAUUUUUUGUUCCCA